UUAGUUUCAUUGUCGAUCUGCAGCAGCUACGCCAUCGUCUGUUACGCUCAGCAGCAAGGGCGAGGAACCCGUGGAAGCUUUAUUAUAGCCUACGCGAAUCUGUUAAAUAUUGCCAAACUUGAAAAAAUAUCCAUGCAGAAGUAUUUACGAUGGAAUACCUAUGCCUAAUGUAUUAGACGGCUUCGGUUCGGGGCCUCUGUGUUUGCUGUGCACAAAGCGAUGUGGAGCAAAUAAAGAUCCUGAUACGCUGAAACAAGAGAUUAUAGAUAAUGGGCUGUGUGCAAUGCAGGGAUAAGGAGGCCUCGAAACUGACGGACGACCGGGACGCCAGCAUCUCGCAGAGCGCGGGGUACCGCUAUGGGGCCGAGCCCACGCCGCAGCACUACCCCAGCUUCGGGGUCACCGCCAUCCCCAACUUCAACAACUUCCACGCGCCCGGCGGCCAGGGCAUGACCGUGUUCGGCGGGGUCAGCACCUCCUCCCACACGGGGACGCUGCGCUCCCGCGGCGGAACAGGAGUCACGCUCUUUGUGGCACUUUACGACUACGAGGCCAGGACGGAGGACGACCUCACCUUCCGGAAAGGCGAGAAGUUCCAGAUCCUCAACAGCACUGAAGGGGACUGGUGGGAGGCUCGCUCGCUCACCACCGGUGGGUCCGGCUACAUCCCCAGUAACUACGUGGCUCCGGUGGACUCCAUCCAGGCUGAAGACUGGUACUUCGGAAAACUCGGCCGGAAGGACGCGGAGCGACAGCUGCUGUCCAACGGCAACCCCCGAGGCACAUUCCUCAUCCGGGAGAGUGAAACCACCAAAGGUGCCUUUUCCUUAUCCAUACGGGACUGGGACGACGUGAAGGGAGAGCACGUCAAGCAUUACAAGAUCCGCAAGCUGGACAGCGGGGGGUAUUACAUAACCACCCGGGCCCAGUUCGACACGCUGCAGCAGCUGGUACAGCAUUACUCAGAGCGGGCAGCGGGGUUGUGCUGUCGCUUGGUGGUGCCCUGCCACAAAGGGAUGCCCCGCCUGGCCGACCUGUCCGUCAAAACCAAAGACGUGUGGGAGAUCCCGCGGGAGUCACUGCAGCUCAUCAAGCGUCUGGGGAACGGGCAGUUUGGGGAGGUCUGGAUGGAGAGUGGGGACGGUUUGUGCUUUAAUUUAACACAAGUGUGUGUGAACAUCUCGCCCGAAACUGUGGGCCUGGGUCACGAUGCCUGGGAGGUUUCCCGAGACUCCCUUGUGUUCGAAGUAAAGCUGGGGGCAGGAUGUUUUGCUGAGGUGUGGUCUGGAACGUGGAACGGCACCACCAAGGUGGCGGUGAAGACCCUGAAGCCGGGCACCAUGUCGCCCGAGUCCUUCCUGGAGGAGGCCCAGAUCAUGAAGAAGCUCCGGCACGACAAGCUGGUGCAGCUGUACGCCGUGGUGUCCGAGGAGCCCAUCUACAUCGUCACCGAGUACAUGGGAAAAGGAAGCUUGCUGGACUUCCUGAAGGACGGAGAGGGCCGAGGGCUGAAGCUGCCCAACCUGGUGGACAUGGCGGCGCAGGUCGCGGCGGGCAUGGCAUACAUCGAGAGGAUGAACUACAUCCACCGGGACCUGCGCUCCGCCAACAUCCUGGUGGGCGACAACCUGGUGUGCAAGAUCGCCGACUUCGGCCUGGCCCGGCUGAUCGAGGACAACGAGUACACGGCUCGGCAAGGCGCUAAGUUCCCCAUCAAGUGGACGGCCCCAGAGGCGGCGCUGUACGGCAAGUUCACCAUCAAAUCGGACGUGUGGUCGUUCGGCAUCCUGCUCACGGAGCUGGUGACCAAGGGACGGGUACCGUAUCCAGGGAUGAACAACCGGGAGGUGCUGGAGCAGGUGGAGCGGGGCUACCGGAUGCCCUGCCCUCAGGACUGCCCCAGCUCCCUGCACGAGCUCAUGGUGCAGUGCUGGAAGAAGGACCCCGAGGAGCGGCCCACCUUCGAGUACCUGCAGGCCUUCCUGGAGGACUACUUCACCGCCACAGAGCCGCAGUACCAGCCCGGGGACAACCUGUAAAGCACCGCCGCCGCGGACCGGGCGCCUCGGCCGCCCGCCCGCCCGUCCAGUAUGUACAGCUUCCGAAAUCUGUCCGUACCACCGCCCCCUCCCCCUCCGCUCCCCUACACACACAAGUACUCUGGCCCAGGGGGGGGAGGAGCGGACUGAACAGACUUUGUAGUCCGGAGGCGUUUGCGGGUUCUGAUAUUCCAUCUUUGUAGGUUGAAGGGAGGGAGGGAGGGAGGGAGGGAGGGAAGGGGGCGGGGCAUCGGGUGUCAUAAGGAGUUUGUGAUGAUGCAAUGAUGAAAUGCCUGUAUUCAUUGUAAAUAUUAAUUGCUUGUGUACUUAUCCUUUGUUUAUUUUGUCUUAUGUUUUUUUUUCCACUUAUUUGUUGUCGUCUUUUUGAUUUUGAAUUUGAUUGUCCAUGACAGGUAUUAUAAUGACAAUGGUAAUCAUUAUCACAAAAAAAUGUGAUAUUCAUGAGAUCUGCAGUCUUGGACAUUUGCCAAUCCUCAUUGCAAUGUUAGGAAUUUUUUAAUUAUUUUUAUUUUAUUUUACUUACAGAAACUGGAUUAAUUUUGUCUUGCCAUUCAUUAUUUUGCCUUUUUCCAUAAUGCUCCUAAUAUGUAAAGAGAAAAGUCUUUCAGCUUUCCUUAAAAAAGCUUACCUCUACAUUGUAUUAAUUAUUUUUUUUAAUUUACUAUAUCUGACACACAGGUGCUUCAGCAUGACAAUGUCCUCAUGAUUUUGCACUGCCUUUUACUUGGAUGGUUUUAUUUUAUCCUUUUCGGUUUAGCCGUGUAAAAUAGCCGUUCCCCUCAUCGAAAGCAUAGAUGUUAGGCUAAUGCUGUAACAAAGUUAUUUUACAAAUAAUAUAUGUUACACUUUGUAAUUACGGCAAAAUGUGUAAGAAUGAUACUUCUAAACAUAUCUCUCGCAAGGUUUAAACAAAAACGGGGGAGAAAAAAAAACCUAGCAGUACUGCCGUAUGGUGGCACUGUCACCCUUAUAACUGGAAUACUGGAAAACUAUGUCUUUCUACCACAGAUAAUGUAGUGUAUACUGAAAUGAUGACAUGCAGUUUAUUUAAGAAGAAAGAUUUACGGUUUCCGCUGAGCGAUCUUAAUUUUACCUUAAUUGUACGCAGUAAUGUUUAUAGCCAUUCCGCUGGGUGUCGCGUUCUUUUGUCUGCUUUGUGUGAAGCGUAGCGGCGUUGAGAGAAACGUUUAUGCGUUUGGGAGGGGUGGCAGUGCGUCCUCUUCCGUGUGCACCUCUGUAACCCUGUCUCCAUCUGGGCCUGCAGCCCCUGCGCCUCCAGAAAGGACAUCGGCAGACCACUUCCUUCUUUAGUUUCCUUUUUCCCAUUUUUUUGUCGAACUGACCACGAAUAUUAAGUCUUAAGUUAUGUUUCAUAAGUAUAUGUGUAUAUUUAACCUGAUUCAAUAGACUUUUUUCUGUUGAAGACUUGGUUGGUUCCUUAAAUGGGUAUUUCGCAGGCUCUGAUUAAUGCUGGUCUUGCCAAUUUGGACCAAGAACAAAUGAGGCUCUUUGAACUGCCCGUUUUUUCCAGUUCUACAUUAUGUUUUGGAAAUGUCAGUAACCUUUAUAGCUUUCGGUUCUUCCUUUUUCAUUUUUUACCUUCACCUUUUUUUGUUAAUUCAGUAAUUUUCCAUAAAUGAAAUAAAAAAAAACAUGCAAACAUUUUGCCCUCUU